AUGUCCCAUGUCAGCCCUUAUAUUCUCCAGCUUAAGCUACAACCAAUUAACUAUGCUUAACGCUUCUUCUCCACUCUUCAGCCUCAACAUGGAUCAAUUCCCACACAUUAUUCCCACAGAAAGAUCACCCAGAAGAGAACUACAACUCCAAGGUCCACGCCCCACACCGCUUAGGAUAAACAAAGACUCUCACAAGAUCAAGAAACCACCGUUGCCGCCGCAAGCCUCACACCCUCAACCUCCACCGCGCCAACCCAUCAUAAUCUACACCGUUUCACCCAAAGUCAUUCACACCACACCCGGUGACUUCAUGAACCUCGUUCAACGCCUCACUGGCUCCUCCUCCUCCUCCUCUUCAUCCUCAUCCAACUUGGAAGCGAAUAAUAAUGACCCUUUCAACGCCGGAGGAGUGGUGUCUCCGGCGGCGCGUUACGCCACCAUCGAGAAGGCCAUGUCCCCGAUGGGGAAGAAGCAGCUUGUGAAUAUCCCAAGUGGGGGUGCUAAUAGCAAUAGUAACAUAAUAAGCGAUGAGAUUAUGGGUCAUGCGGUUGUGGAAAGAUCACAAAACAUGUUUCAAGGGAUUUUGUCUCCGGGUCCGGCUUCACUAUCUCCCAUUCCUUCGAAUUUUUUCUCUCCACCGUCUUCGGAUCCGAGCAUGGUUAGCUUCCUUCACGAUUUGAGUCCUGUGCUUCAUAGUGGAAGAAAUCUCACGGAGGGUGCGUUCGUCUUGCCAAGCCCUUCUUCCAACUUUAGCUUUGUGUCGCCGCACACUCCUUCUAUAGACUUAUUCAACUAUUUCUUAGACUAGUGGAUUAAUAUUCUUCUUCUUGUUGAAUUUAGUGUUUUAUUAAUUUCACUGAUUUGGAAUUAUUAGACUAGGGAUUGGUUUUGUUGCUCUUUUGGGCGACUACUGCAUAGGUGGAAAUUGGAAACUUCUUUGUUGGAUUUUGUUUUGGGGCAGUUUGUGCUCCAAUUUCUUAUGACCUUCGCCGUUGACAAAUUUUUUGGCAUGUAUUGUACUGUACAUUGCUUUUAGUUUAGUUUAGUUUGCCGAUGCAUGUCGGCACUAGCUAUAUUAUUCAAUUUCAUUAUUCUUUUUAUUAUCAGAAUCAUCACAUGUAUGCUAUCUGGCAAUCUUUCAUCAUUGAAAGCAUCUACCCGACCCCUAUUUUAAAACUCCAUCGCAUUUAGGUUAUGCUCUCCGAUAAUAUAUAUGUGGCCGGCCUAAUUAGGUGUGUCCUUAUGCAAUUAAUUGGGAUUCAAAAAGUGGAGUCACCGGAGAGGUGUUAAUUCUUAUGUUAACCCCUCAAAACCAAAAUAAAUACUCAAGAACAAAAAAUAAUUUGUCUUUUAUUUUUGUUUUUUGGAGUAUCAUAUCAUUAUCAUAUCAUAUGGAAUUGGUAGGUAAGAAAUUAAUUAAACUCUUGGUACAUCUGCAACAACAAUGACAUUUGGACACCUUUUAUUUACAAACACUUCCAACAAAGUCGGUUUAUUUUAGUACUUUUUUUGACCCAUAACUUUUUUUUUUUUGUUUACUAUAAUAUGACAUCUUAACU